AUGUCCAUCGAGCUCCUGACUGCACCAACGCCUAACGGCCAUAAGAUCAGCAUUCUGCUGGAAGAGCUGGGUCUCGAGUAUACCGUGAAGAACAUCUCGUUCAACAAGAAUGAGCAGAAAUCCGAAGAAUUCCUCGGCAAAUUUCAGUGCAAGAACGGCAGGAUCCCGGGCAUUGUAGACAAGACGGAGGGUGCCAACAACUACGGCGUCACUGAGUCUGGUGCCAUUAUGAUCUAUUUGACCGACAAGUAUGACAAGGACAACAAGCUCAGCUUUAGCUAUGGCACGACGGAGUACUGGGAUGUGGUGCAGUGGAUGUUCUUUAUGAACGCUGGUCUCGGUCCUAUGCAAGGUCAAGCCAACCAUUUCUUCCGAUACGCACCGGAAAAGAUUCAAUACGGUAUCACGCGCUAUCAGAAUGAGACGCGUCGUCUGUAUGGCGUGCUUGAACAGCGUCUCAAGGAGACUGGCGACUGGCUUGUCGGUGGCAAGUACACCAUUGCAGACAUUGCAAACUUCUCUUGGGUCAAUAUGGCCUUUUGGGCUGGCGUUGAUGUUGAAGAGUUCCCCAAUGUUGUCAAGUGGACAGAACGCAUUGAAGCUCGACCUGCAACGAAGAAGGGACUGGAUGUGCCCACCGAGUUCACACUCAAGGAGAAGUACAAGAACGACCCCAAGUCGGUUGAGGAACAUGCCGCACGCAGCGCAGCCUGGGUGCAGCAGUCCAACAAGGAGCUGGAGAAGUGA